CUGAAGGAGCCGCCGCUUCCGUGGAGUCCGCGGCGGGAUGGCGACGGAGGAUAACGGCAACAUCAUGGCCGGGUUUCUGAAGCCGACGUCGAGCAGCAACGAGGACCUCAGCGAGUACACCGACGCCGACGAGAGCAUCUCGGCGCCCACCGAAAUUUUAGCCGAAUUUUUAUCUGCUGUAAUGCUAAAGGAUUAUGUAACGGCAUUAAAAUACUGCAAACUAAUCCUGCAAUACGAACCGGACAAUAGCACAGCGAAGGAAUUCUAUCCGCUCAUCCUGGAAAAGCUCCAGUCCCUAAAUAACGAAGAAGCAGGGAGUAAUAACGAUAGUGAGGAUGAAGAUGAUAGCGAAGAUAGUACAAGUUCCAGCACUGAUUCUGAUCAUACGACGUCAGAGGAAAGCAGUGAUGGGCAAUUGGACGAGGAGGACGGCGUCGCGAUGGGCAAAAGCGCCGGCAACAAGCGCUCCAAAGGAUCGUCCGAAGGCGACGGCACCACCGGCAGCUACUCCAGCCUGGAGGACGACGAAGCCGAGACCGAUCAAUUGGCCGUUUUGGCCGCCCGGUAUCAAAUCGAUAACGUCAAUCUCGGCAACGGGAAUAAAAUAUAUAACACUCACUUAUCGUCGAACCUCACCUAUCAGAACCGGGCCGCUUUGGGUAAGAACAAACUGGGGACGGCCGUGGAGAACGCGAACUUGGUACCGGGCCAGGUUCCGUUCGGAACCAGUUCGGAUUCGGAAUCGCCGACGGAGCCGGUGAGCCAAAAAACCGUCGCCAUGCUCAGGGCCAAAGUGGUGCCAAAUCAAAUUUGAAGCGUAGAAAAUUAGGGAGUAGUUUGAUGUCGCCUGGUCGGGAAUCCGUUGGCUUGAUGAAGGGGGUGGUUUUGUUCAAGGUUUUUGUUGGGAUUGGGCGAAGUUGAAAUUGUAAGUUGAAAAUAUUUUACUUAAUGAAAUUCGGGGGUGGGUAUAUUUCGUUCAAACGCUGGGCUUACGGAUUUGCGAUCAGAUUAUUUUGUUUAACUUUAAUAAAUGUUUUCAUGACCUGUC